CCAGCGCCAGCCAGGCCAGCCUCCCCGACGGGGCCCGGCUCUGGGCCCGGCCGCCGACAGUAGCGCCGCCAUCGACUAGCCACCCGCAACCACCACCGCCACAGGGACCGCCACCAGCAUGCUGAGCCCCAAGAUGCAGCGCAACGUGCGCGUCAACGACGCCCAGCUCAUCAUGCUGUCCGAGCGCGCGCAGGUGGACCACUCCCUGUCCGGCUAUCUGCACAAGCGCGCCGCGGACUCGGGCAAGUGGCAGCAGCGCUGGUUCAUCCUGUACCAGAACAUGCUGUUCUACUACGACACCCAGGCCAACGCGCGGCCGUCGGGCGUGGUGCUGCUGGAGGGCUGCUACUGCGAGAGGCUCAUCACCCCGCCCUCCGGCCAGGGCUCCAAGAACGCCAAGGAUGGCAUGGAGCGGCAGCAAUACUGCUUCGCCGUGUCUUACCGCCGAGACAACAUCCGGCAGUACGAGCUGAGGGCGUCGUCCGAGACGGACUGCAAGACGUGGAUCGAGGCCAUCCGGGAGGCGAGCUUCAACAAGGUGCUGAUGCAGAAGGAGGAGUUGGAGCAGAAACACCUGCAUCUCCUGCAGAUCGUGGAGAGCGAGAAGACGGCCAAGUGGCAGUACACGCAGCGCUGCGAGGAGCUGGACUCGGAGAUCAAGAAGUUGCGAGCCGAGCUCUGCGCGCUCAAGAAGGAACUGCGGCCCGAGGUGUGCGGCAUGCCCACGGCCCAGCCCGCCGCCUCGGCCGAGGGGCUGGGCACGCCGCUGGACGACUCGGGGGAGACCCUGGAGCUGCGCAAGAUCAAGAAGGUCCAGAGCUUCUUCCGGGGCUGGCUCUGCCGGCGGCGCUGGAAGCAGAUCGUGGAGCAGUACAUCAAGUCGCCGCACGCCGAGAGCAUGCGGAAGCGGAACAGCCUGGUGUUCCGCAUGGUGGAGGCCGAGGAGGAGUACAUGGAGCAGAUGGAGGUCCUCGUGUCCUGCUUCCUGCGCCCCUUCAAGAUGGCCGCGUCCUCCAAGAAGCCGCCCUGCUCGCACGAGGACGUCAACUCCAUCUUCCUCAACACGGAGACGGUCCUGUUCCUGCACCAGAUCUUCCUCAAGGGGCUCACCUCGCGCAUGGAGUCGUGGCCGACCCUCGUGCUGGGGGAUCUGUUCGACAUGCUGCUGCCAAUGCUCAGCAUCUACCAGGAGUACGUGCGCAACCACCACUACAGCGUGCAGGUGCUGACGGAGUGCAUGAAGAGCCCCAACUUCGCGGCCCUGGUGCACCGCCUGGAGGAGAAGCCCACCUGCCAGGGCCGCUCGCUCGCCACCUUCCUCACCUACCCCAUGCACCAGGUGCCUCGCUACGUGACCACGCUGACGGACCUGCUGGCCCACACGCCCCACGACCACGUCGAGAGGAAGAGCCUGAUGAACGCUCAGCACCAACUCGAAGACCUGUCCAGGCAGAUGCACGACGAGGUCAGCGAGACGGAGAACCUCCGCAAAAACCUGGCCGUGGAGCGCAUGAUCGUGGAGGGCUGCGACAUCCUGCUCGACGUGAACCAAGUCUUCGUCAGGCAGGGUACUUUGAUCCAGCUCCCCAAUGACAAGCGCACUAGCCGGUCUCGGCUGGCCAGCUUCAAGAGCGAGAAAGAAACCGUGAGGCAGUGCUUCUUGUUCUCGAACCACCUCAUCAUCGCCACCAGGGCCUCCAACGGCCGACUCCACCUGGUGCCCAACGUGGGCAAGAUCCCGCUGGCCGACGCCAUGCUCAUCGAGGACCCCAGCGACCCGGGCACCACGGACGACGACGAAUCGUCCAUUUGUUCAAUGUCUUCUCAAUCGUCAGGAGUUAGCGAAGCGUCCAGCAGAGGCAACCCAUCCCAAUGGCACAACAAGGACUUUAAGAUUGUGGUAGACUCGGUGAAGACAGGGUCUGGCUCCAGCGCCACUACGGGACAGAUCUCUGUCCAUCUCCUGGCCCCCACCAUGCAGGAGAAGGCAGCUUGGAUCUCUGAUAUCACACAGUGCAUGGACAACGUGCACUUCAACGACCUCCUGCACAUGUCCAUCUCCGACACAUCGUCCGUCACCAUGCCCCAGUCCAUCAAGAACGACCCCAAGCUGUUCAAGGACGACGUGGACAUCAGGUUCAGCCGGACACAGGUCAACUCGUGCAAGGUUCACGGACUGCUCGUAGAGGGACACCAGGUGCCCCAGAUCCGGUACGCCACCCCCGAGCGCCUGCUGGAGCGCCUCACCGACCUGCGCUUCCUGUCCAUCGACUUCCUCAACACGUUCCUGCUGACGUACCGCGUCUUCACGGACAGCGUCACAGUGCUCGAGGCCCUCAAGAAGGUCUUCUACAACGCCGACCCGCCCGAGUUCAACACGGAUGGCAUAAGCAUCCUGCUGGAGGACCAGAUGAGCGGCAUGUUUGAGGACAGGCGCCGCAGCAGCACCGCCACACCCAGGAGGACCAGUGGCGCUAGUUCCGUGUCCGGCUACGGGUCCGAGAUGAGUGACCGCAGCCACAGCUACGACUCGCAGGGCUUCAGGUGGCGGGCCAACAUCCGCAAGUUCGAGGAGGAGCACAUGCGGCUGCGCGACGGCGUGAACGCGUGCGGCGCCCAGCAGCAGCAGCAGCUGCCACCGCAGCCCAGCACGCCCGUGCGCCGCGUGUCCAUCCGCGUGGAGCACGAGGCCGACGACACGACGCACCUCACGGUGCCCAACGGCGGCGCGGCGCCCACCACCUGCAGUAGCUCGGGCAGCUCGGACACCCUGGUGGGCACGGCGCAGGCCGCGCCCGCCCCGUCCUCGCCCAGCGGCCUCAGCACCGUCACGCUCGUGCCCUCCACCAGCACCAGCCCCACGCCCUCUGUGCAGGGCAGCCAGAGCUCGUCCGAGCCCUCCGCCGACACCGUGGUCAACGGCGAGGACAAGGAGAACGACAAGGAGAACAAGGAGCGCGAGAAGGACAAGGACGAGAAGGAGAAGGCGAAGGAGAACAAGAACGACAAGGACGCCAAGAAGGGCAAGGCCAAGGAGAAGACCAACAAGGACAAGGACAAGCAGGACAAGCACGCCGAAGAGAACGAGAAAGACAGCGGCCGCUUGGGCGACAGACGCCCGUCGGCCAGCGAGCGCCGGCCGUCCAUCAUCAUGACGAGCGCGUCGGGCCGCAUGGAGCGCCGCCUGUCGUACAGCGAGCGCCGCCCGUCGGCCGACAACACCUCCACGACGUCGCGCCGCCCCAGCUCGGCCGAGCGCCGGCCCUCCUCCUGCGACCGCCGCCUGUCCUCCAGCGAACGACGCUCGCCCCGCAGCCAGCCCAAGAGGAAGGGCUCGGACUGCGGCGGCGGCGGUGGUGGCGGCAGCAACUACGGCAGCUCCUGGAAGCGGGACAGCAUCACCACGGACCCGUGGCAGUCCGAGGACUGCCAGGACACGCCGAGGUCCUCGAGCGCGCGCUCCGCGUCCAUCGCCUCGUCUGCCCUGAGCUACUACAGCGGCGGCAGGCGGCUGACCCAGGACUCCACCAUCUCCAUCCACAGCAGGCCCAGCAUCCAGCAUGACCUGCCGCAGGUGUCCAGCAAGGCGGGGGUGGUCAUCACGUCCUCCAGGCAGUCGCACCGCAGCAUCGAGCCUGAUUUUUGGAGCAGCACGUCCACGGCGGCGGCGGCCUUCGCCAUCGCCACGUCGGCGUCCAGCAACCCACGCGACCUGAGCCCCGCCAUGAGCGCCAUGAGCAGGGCGUCGUGCUCGUCCGCGUCGGGCAUGGUGGGGCUGGGCUCGGCGCCCGGCUCCUGCAAGGAGCAGCGGCGCAGGAAGGAGUCCGUGCUGUCCACCGCCGCCACCAUGCGCGUCCUCAACGUGCUGCGCCACUGGGUGUCCAAGCACUCGCAGGACUUCGACCAGGACCAGAAGCUCAAGAGCCUGACGAUCCAGUUCCUGGAGGACAUCAUGUGCAGCCCCAGCCUGCUGCCCGCCGAGUACAAGGCGGCGUCGCAGCUGCUGCGCCUCAUCACCAAGGAGGAGGCCGAGAACUCCAAGGUGGACCUGGCCGCGCUGCUCUCGCCGCCCACGUCGUCGAGCAAGGAGAACAUCGAGUCGCUGUCGGCGCUCGAGAUCGCGGAGCAGAUGACGUACUUGGACCACCAGAUCUUCGUGUCCAUCUGCAGCGAGGAGUUCCUGGGCCAGGCCUGGAUCAAGACGGACAAGAACGUCAAGGCGCCGCGCAUCGAGGCCAUGACGAAGCGGUUCAACCAGAUGUCCGCGCUGGUGGUGAGCGAGAUCGUGCGCCGGCCCAACAUCUCGGCGCGCGUGGCCGCCAUCGAGAAGUGGGCCGCCGUGGCCGACAUCGCGCGGUGCCUGCACAACUUCAACGGCGUGCUGCAGAUCUGCGCCGCCUUCAACAACAACGUCGUCUUCCGCCUCAAGAAGACCUGGGAGAAGGUGUCCAAAACGACGAAGCAGACGAUCGACAAGCUGCAGGUGAUCGUGUCGUCGGACGGGCGGUUCCGCAACCUGCGCGAGGCGCUGCACCGCUGCGACCCGCCCUGCAUCCCCUACCUGGGCAUGUACCUCACCGACUUGUCCUUCAUCGAGGAGAGCACGCCCAACUUCUCCCACGACAAGCUGCUCAACUUCUCCAAGAUGAGAAUGAUCGCGCACGUGAUCCGGGAGGUGCGCAACUUUCAGCAGGUGCCGUACAAGAUCGAGCACGUGUCCAAGGUCACCAACUACCUGCAGGACCCCCUGCUCGUUCUGGACGAGGAGGAGAUGUACCGGCUGUCGUUGGAGAUCGAACCGCGCGCCUCGCGACUCAGCGCCGCCAACACCGCGGCCAUCGUCAGUGUCACCUCCAGCCACCACAGGCUGUUCCCCUCCACGUCGCACGACCGGUAAAGGGAGACAAACUCAGCGCCGCCAACACCGCGGCCAUCGUCAGUGUCACCUCCAGCCACCACAGGCUGUUCCCCUCCACGUCGCACGACCGGUAAAGGGAGACAAACUCAGCGCCGCCAACACCGCGGCCAUCGUCAGUGUCACCUCCAGCCACCACAGGCUGUUCCCCUCCACGUCGCACGACCGGUAAAGGGAGACAAACUCAGCGCCGCCAACACCGCGGCCAUCGUCAGUGUCACCUCCAGCCACCACAGGCUGUUCCCCUCCACGUCGCACGACCGGUAAAGGGAGACAAACUCAGCGCCGCCAACACCGCGGCCAUCGUCAGUGUCACCUCCAGCCACCACAGGCUGUUCCCCUCCACGUCGCACGACCGGUAAAGGGAGACAAACUCAGCGCCGCCAACACCGCGGCCAUCGUCAGUGUCACCUCCAGCCACCACAGGCUGUUCCCCUCCACGUCGCACGACCGGUAAAGGGAGACAAACUCAGCGCCGCCAACACCGCGGCCAUCGUCAGUGUCACCUCCAGCCACCACAGGCUGUUCCCCUCCACGUCGCACGACCGGUAAAGGGAGACAAACUCAGCGCCGCCAACACCGCGGCCAUCGUCAGUGUCACCUCCAGCCACCACAGGCUGUUCCCCUCCACGUCGCACGACCGGUAAAGGGAGACAAACUCAGCGCCGCCAACACCGCGGCCAUCGUCAGUGUCACCUCCAGCCACCACAGGCUGUUCCCCUCCACGUCGCACGACCGGUAAAGGGAGACAAACUCAGCGCCGCCAACACCGCGGCCAUCGUCAGUGUCACCUCCAGCCACCACAGGCUGUUCCCCUCCACGUCGCACGACCGGUAAAGGGAGACAAACUCAGCGCCGCCAACACCGCGGCCAUCGUCAGUGUCACCUCCAGCCACCACAGGCUGUUCCCCUCCACGUCGCACGACCGGUAAAGGGAGACAAACUCAGCGCCGCCAACACCGCGGCCAUCGUCAGUGUCACCUCCAGCCACCACAGGCUGUUCCCCUCCACGUCGCACGACCGGUAAAGGGAGACAAACUCAGCGCCGCCAACACCGCGGCCAUCGUCAGUGUCACCUCCAGCCACCACAGGCUGUUCCCCUCCACGUCGCACGACCGGUAAAGGGAGACAAACUCAGCGCCGCCAACACCGCGGCCAUCGUCAGUGUCACCUCCAGCCACCACAGGCUGUUCCCCUCCACGUCGCACGACCGGUAAAGGGAGACAAACUCAGCGCCGCCAACACCGCGGCCAUCGUCAGUGUCACCUCCAGCCACCACAGGCUGUUCCCCUCCACGUCGCACGACCGGUAAAGGGAGACAAACUCAGCGCCGCCAACACCGCGGCCAUCGUCAGUGUCACCUCCAGCCACCACAGGCUGUUCCCCUCCACGUCGCACGACCGGUAAAGGGAGACAAACUCAGCGCCACGUCCCGACAGUGGCAUGGACUUGCAGCCAAAGGGCAACUAGUCAUGAACCCAACGAUUGCAGUCAAAAUUCAUUGCCGCAUAGUUAAAACUUUGUACCGAGAAGCUGCUAUGGAGCUGAGACAAUCGUUAAGUAGUUUUAUCUUAAACAGUGAUGAAAUAAUUUCCUGCUGAAGACGCUUGUUCUGUUUGACUUGGCUGCGUCCAGGGACAAUGGUUGCUCGCGCCCUUCCACCAGUCGUUGGAAUCAAGAGCGACGUCGCUGCAGUAACAAUUAAAGUCGUCUAGUUGAGCUGCGUGUGAUAGAUAUACCAGUACCUGUAUGUAUUUUGAAACCGAGAGAGAGGGAGUGUGGCACUCAAGUACGAAGGCUGGUGGAUUUGUGGCCCUAGCGAUGUCUAGACAGUUGCACUCUUUUUUAUAUAUCCAUCAGUACCCCGCCGUUCAUAUCAAGGAUAACUGUAAUGCUUUGGAUCACAAAGUCGUUGUUAGUUGUAUAUUGUACAUAGGCUCACUGAUACUUCUUGUUGUUGAAUUUUAGGGUGUGGAUAUCCUUUUGUCUAGCGAUCCACAAUCAUUAACUUGUAAACAAAGUUUUUGUUUUUUGUUUUUUUAAUAAAACAUUUCAGGUGGUCUCCCAUUUCACCUUGAUAUACGUAACGUGGCGGUGUUGCUUGGACCCUUUUUCUAUCUCUUGUCCCGGCAGCGCGUGUCGUGCUUGUUUCGUAGUGUAUCGCGGGCGAUACACUACCUACUCAAAACUUCUUUUUAUCAUGUUUAAAAUAUCUUGUUAUUGUAUCUCGCUGUAACAGGGUUCAAUUCUGAAAUCCCUUUGAGAAAGAGAUUAUUUUAUUUGACUAACUAAGACAAGGCGUACUUGGUUUUUGUCGAGGUGGCAAUGUCUCGGACAGAGUUUGAGUCGAAGAAUUCGUUUGACCAGUGGGGUCAAGGAGCAUUGGAGCAAUUUUUGGUGUGGUACCUAGUCUUUGUCGCUGUAUUCGUUGAAUCGCUCUAUCUCUUGAUUUCACACCCAGCUCUGUACAAUCAUGAAAAAACCAUUCCCGACGUAGGUUAGUUAUCGAAGUUCUUCCAUGGCUGUGCGUAACUUAUCUUACUUUUCUAUUACCUAUCAUAGUUUCCCUUUUCCUCUAUCUCCCCUCUUUGGUCUCCCUUUCUUCAACCGCGAGUCUCUUCAUAAUGCAUAUCACCAACGCAAGUCUCAGUCUGAACUUCUUUAGAUACAUAAUUCUAAGAAACAAGUUUCCAAAUUACAAUUUAGUCGACACUCUUAUUUCUCUUCCUUUUUUUAAAAAAAAAGUGCUUAAAAAACACGACAUUUUUAUAGAAAAGUCGUUCCGACGCUUUGACAUAAUAAACGUUUUAGAAAGUUGGAAACAGUGUAUAUUCCAUUGGUUUUCGACUGAGUUGACUUGCGCUGUUGAGAUUUAACUUAAGAGUAACGUGUAGAAAUGUGUUGUUAUUCUCUUUCGUGCAUGAAAUGCAGCGUAAAGGAUGUACUUCCUAAAGCCUAAAUUGUAUUUUUCUAUACUUUUCCCCUUCGUGCUGUUUGUUGGUUGUUACACAAUUUCGCGCGUGUUUGGCACGUAAGUCCAUGACAUGUGGCGAGUUAUAAAUAGCAUCCCCUUUGCGUCUCCCGCCUUCUGUUGUCGAAUUGGUAGAAAUAAGUUAAAAUGGAUUUAUUUAUUUUUUCUUCAGAAACAAAAAAAAAUGAUUGAGAGUGGAUUAUUCUUUCUAGUAGCGAUAACCAAGGCUGUUGCCUAAGCCGAGAGUACACUGUUCUCAAAAACGUGACUUUGUCGCGGAACAAUCUUUCAUUUACGUUGUGCUCAGAUGUGUCUUCGAAAUGCUUUUAGAAGCCAUAAAAAUGCACACUUUGCGGUUUUGUUCUUUCUGUUAAAAUUAAACUUGAGGCAUACUGUAAAAUCCCGUUGCGGUAGUGGGGGUUAAGACCCCGCAAUUCGCAAUAAAAUCAAUUUGGAGCUCUUUGGUUUUUUAGAAAUUGUGAGUAUGAAUAACUUAUGGAUACGCUUAUACUCUGUAUUUAAGACUGCAUGGGUAAAAUGACAUAUACUGAGUGAGUGUUCAAUGUAUUUUUCAUUCUUCCGUAUUGUUGAAGGUGUGGGUUUCCGCACUAUUAAAAUCUGCAGACAUUUUUCAAUAAUCAAACAUAAGCAGCGUUCUGUGUAGUAAAUACGGCACUCUUCGAGGUUCCAUAAAGCUUUUUGUGGUUUUAUGUGUCAUUUGUAGAGCAUUGAAUACAUUUCAGAUCAAUACGAAUUUGUUGUUAGACCUAACUUUUUGAAUGUUGAAUCCCGACAGGUUACUAAGCGUAGAUUUUGCUGAACAUCUUUUCUCUCCCGCGCGCUACAAUACCUCCAGGCUUAACAUGUGUCAUAAGUGUUAUUGAUUUUGUAGAAUUAUUAAAAUUGGCACCCAUGGAACUAAUCCAAAAAUUUCAAUUCUUGUUGUAGACAUAUUUUUAAAAACAAAACAUCCGCAGUUCGAUUAUUCUUUAGACGUUUGGUGGAUUUGACAAUCUGUUAUGUAGCUGAAAAUAGAUGAAAUUGUUCUCUUUGUUGAGGUUUCCUCACGAGACCCAUCGCGGAUAUUUUGUAUUUAAUUUUCUUCGAAAUAAAUCGAUUUUGUCUGGA